AGUAAAUCCCGGAGGAGGACGAAUUUUCUGAGACAGUGACGCCAACUGUCAGCGCCUGCGUUCUGACGCCUGAUUUGACGGAAAACCUGGAGGAGACAGCUGAUUGACUUAACUAACACCCAAAGCAUUUCCAAAGGAAAAAAAAAACAAUUAUCUAGGGGUAGACUUUAGAUUGCUUGUGGUCAGCGAGAGGUCGUUGUUAGUGGGAUCUGGACACACUGAAGUUUUGAGGGAUUUUUUUAGCGGAACUUCCAGCAUGCGCUCCAAACCGCUGACGUGCUAACGGUGUAGAUCCAGAUCACAAUGAACUUCUCCACACAUUCCCACUGUGUCAGUCCCAUUUGCAAAGAAAAUGUUCCAUGUUCAGCCAGAAGAGAUGCUAUACAGCGCAGAGGGGCCAAAGAUCGGACCAUACUUGGUGUCCUGUCAGACAAUGAGCAACGUGGGCGAUCCCUCAGCCAGGGAAGCCAGUUUUCCAAGCGUAGCUCUGACACGUCGCAGCUUAACUUUCCGGGCUGUGCAUCUAGUUCCAGCUAUGAUGUGUAUGUGGAAGAGGCGUGUGAAGUUGUUCUUGCAGCUUCCGGUCAAGAAGUGGUAUCGGACAGUUAUAAACUCAAUGCUGAGGCCAGUGCCCUGCACAAUGACCAUAUGAGACUCCUGCUGGAACUCAGUUCAAGUCCAUGCCAGGAUGCCUCUAUGCAGUCUGAAGCUGACGACUCCCUGAUAGCUUGGGAUGUGUUUUGUGCAGACUAUGCAGAAGAUAUUUACCAGAACAUGAGAGAGAGCGAAAAAAGGUUCAGAGCGAGGUCGAGCUACUUAGAGAGACAUCCAGAGAUCACAAAUGGCAUGCGGGUCAUUCUUGUAGACUGGCUGGUGGAGGUGGUGGAGGAAUACAAGCUGAGUUCGGAAACUCUGCACCUUGCUGUCAACUACCUGGACCGUUUUCUCUCCUGUACGGCCUGUGUGAAACAGGGCAAGCUGCAGCUGGUCGGUACAGCCGCCUUACUCAUUGCUGCAAAAUAUGAGGAGAUCUUCCCUCCAGAGCUUACUGAGUUUGUGUACAUCACAGACAGCACUUAUACUAAAAGUCAGCUGCUCCGUAUGGAGGACUUUUACCUGAGGGUGCUGGCCUUCAAGAUGGCAGCACCCACCAUAAACCAGUUCCUUCGCCUUUUUAUGACCAUCCACUCCGUCUGUGCAAACACAGAAAGUCUUGCUAUGUAUAUUGCAGAUUUAAGCAUGCUAGAAAUUGAUCCUUUCCUUCAAUAUACACCAUCAAUAGUAGCAGCUGGAGCCCUCUGCUUAGCCACCUACACCAUAAACAGAUCUUUUUGGCCUGACUCCUUAAUUUAUUUUACUGGUUAUACCAUGGCUGAAAUUAUGCCCUGCCUGGCUAAUCUCCACAAGCUAUACGUCAGUGCAGAAAGCCGUCCACAACAAGCCAUCAGGGACAAAUACAAAAGCUCAAAGUAUUCUCGGGUUUCAUGGCUCACUCCACCUGCUGUGCUGCCUCUUUCAUGAAUCACUGCCCUGCCCCUUUGGUCCUUUCUGCAUAGUCAGCGUUUAUGAAAAACAAAUACAAGACUGUCUCCUCUCACUAACAUAUCAACCAGACCAAUGUGGGUACAUCAUUAUCCUCAUUUCUAUUUUCCUAAUUUCAUUGCAGAUGCAAUUAGAUAAGAGUUAUUACAAGAGGGAGUAAAAUAUGCUCCUCAAUCUAAACAUCAUCAUUUUGGCAUAUUCAACUGUAUAUGAAAGACUCCU